AUGGCAUCUCAUCGCACCGCAGCAAUCAUAUCUAGGAGGAUCAAAUCGAUUGUGAGACGCUUCAAUAUGGCUAAACUAGUGCAUAAUGUUCAAAAAAAGCAACAUAAGGAGCGUUCCCAGUUGGCAGGACGCUCUAGGUUGGGGUUCCUUGAGAAACACAAGGACUACGUUAAACGUGCACAAGAUUAUCACAAGAAGGAGAAAAGUCUGAAGAUUCUAAGGACUAAGGCCAAAGAAAGGAAUCCAGAUGAGUACUUUCAUGCGAUGCAUUCCCGAAGUACGGACGCUCAAGGUCUGCUGCAUGCAAGUCGUCAUGGUAGUGAUGAAGACGCAUCUCUAUCAACAGACCAGGUAAAGCUGCUUAAAACCCAGGAUAGCAAUUACAUUAGAACACUGAGACAAAUGGAAUUACAUAAGAUGACAAGAAAGUCCAACGAUUUGACGUUUGAUGCAAGUGGUUCGCACACAGUCUUUGUCGACACGAAGGAGGAGUUAGGAGAGUUUACACCGGAGAAAUUCUUCAAUACAACUGUGGAAAUGUUAAACAGAAGACAAAAUAGAUUAACCAAGGAACAGUUGACUUCAAAUUUGGGCUCCGAAAACAGUUUUGUACCUAACCCAAAAGCCAUCAUGCCAAAAGAAUCUCUGGACAAGAAGAGAUUGAAAAAACUAAAACUUGUCAAAGAGCAUCUAGAAAGAGAGGCUGAUUUAAAGAGGGUACAGCAAAAAAUGGAUUUCCAAAGAGAAGUGAUGAAAAAUGGAUCCAAGAAAAAAAUCACUGAUGCCAAUGGAAACGUUUCAUUCAAGUGGAAGAAACAGCGUAAGCGUUAA